ACGGACUUGUCCUACGCGCCACGCGUUGCUGUCAUUUGUGCCCCUGCAAGUCCAUGUGCUGAGUGCCUUGCACCAUACGCCUCAUCUACUUGAACGGAAAGACUGCGACGGCCUAUUGCUUUUCUGGUCACUAUAUCUUGCACGGUCUUUGGUCCACAUGCAAAAUAAUCCCUACCCGCAGAAGAUUGGAAGUUGGUGGCUAGCGGAGAAUCUGGGAUCUGGUUACUCAGGCUCAAUCUUUCGAGGAAUAAAUGUUCAUACAAACCAACAGGCUGCGAUCAAACUCCAGCUAAGAGACGCAGAUUGCCGGACCAACCUGUUUGAGCGCUCAUUCUAUCCUGCGCUGCAGGGUGGUUUAGGCAUGCCGUCCUAUUUCGGUUGUGGCGAAGAGGGCGCAUAUGACUAUUUGGCCAUCGAGCUUCUUGGCUCAAGCCUGGAUGCACUUCUCCGCCGAAGUGGAAAAGGUGUCAUGGAGCUGCAUAGCGUCUGCGCUAUAGCAAUGCAAGUGAUAGCCAGACUGGAGUACAUGCAUAAAUGUGGCCUGCUGCACCGAGACAUCCAACUCGGAAACUGCGUCGUCGGGCUCCCUCCAAACGACCACAUCAUUUACAUGAUAGACUUUGGCUUUUCCAAAUUCUACAUUGACCGGGCUACACGUUGCCACAUACCCGAAAGCAAGGCAAAACGCGACUUCAUCGGAAAUUACUGGUUCACUUCGGUCAAAGUACACUGCAGAGGCAAAGUGCCAUCACGGCGAGACGACCUAGAAGCUGUCGCACUCAUGCUCAUUCAUCUACUCACCCCAGGCGGGCUUAGCUGGACACGGAACGGCGUCCCCAAGACAGAUGCCGCACACGAGCGUCUUAUGCAGGAGAAGCGGAACGCGCGCCCGGAGACCCUCUGCCAUGGCCUACCAGAUGAAUUUGAGGACUUUCUUCGGUAUUGCAGGCGGCUGAAAUUCGCAGAGCGCCCCGACUACGCGAUGUGGAUAGAUCGAUUCAGGCAGUUGGCAUCUGACAGAGGCUAUGGACGCAGCUCAUCCUUUGUUUGGCCUCCGAAGAACCCUAAGCCUGCGGUGCCAGUAGCGUUGCAGCCAAAACGACCGGUGCCAGUUAACGACGUAAUCGAGGGCAUGCUCCGCGAGCUGGCCAAGCUCAAUCUGAACGACGAGUGUCGGCGUGUCCUCGUGGAGCGCAAUGCGAUUGUGAACGUCGUGCAUCAGGACAAGGGAAAUGCCAAGAAGCCUGUGGAAGUGAUCGUCAUCAGUAGCGACGAUGAGAAUGAUCCCCACGGAGCACCCGCUGCAGUGCGAUGGCCGAAGGCGAUCCAGCUGAGAAAGCUGGCGCAUACCGUGCCAGACGCGACCAACAACGCCGCACUCGCGCGCGUCGUGCAGGAACUCGUCGGGAUCCUCCACGAGACGCACUCCCGGACACUCACGAGGGAAGCCUUCGCGGUCCUGGAUGCGCUACACAAGCAGCUAGUAGACCCUUCCACGCGCGUGCAGCCCACGCGCGCGUCGCGCCGGCAAAAUGGCGACGAGGGCAUGCCGCAACCUGCCCAUAUGAAGAUAACCAAGCUGGUCUCCCUGCGGCGGAACGUGGCGAAGGCAGGGAGCAGUAAAGAGCUCGCGCAGAUGGUGGAGGAAUUCAGCACUGUCAUCGAUAAGAGCAACGGGCGGACAGUGACGAAAGACGCAUUUGGCUUCCUGGACGGGCUCGCCACCAAGCUGAAGACGAUGGCUUAGCUCUCUCAUUGUGGACCUUUCGGACACUACUGGCAUCGAUCUGAUCAUCCAUUGAAUCUCGGGCAGAAUCUAGAGUUCAGGGUUGUGUGUAGCACAUGUCCUUCAGGAUGCCUGUUUUAUUAUUUGUUGUGUAGCAUGUUGCAUCAGCUUGGCGAUUAUUGUCCACACAACAAGACCGCUCCCUAAGUCGCUCCUCUUGGGCAACUGUGUCACAAAACUCCCCAAGCCGCCUCGCUCCGUCGGCUGUUUGUGUUUGGUUCCUCGUGGUGUCAGAAGGUGCAAGGACGGGUGAAACAAAAUAG